UUUUGAAAAAAAUUCAAAGAAGAAAAAACUCAUUCAGUUAUUUCUUAGACAAUGAUUUUUAAAUGGGUCAUCCUAGAUGUUGAAAAAUACUUGACUGAUAUUAUCUCGUCUGUUAUCUAUUAAAACGUAUCACCUUUAAAAUGUGUAAUUGUCUUCUCUGCACCAAUUGGCAGUGAGAGCAGAGGCCAGGAAUUACACCCAUUGCAUUAAUACAACACCCUAUUGAAUGACAGAAAAGGUGUGGUGAGCGUUCUCUUGUAUUAUGCUUCACCCCGUCUCCACAUUUAUCACCUGUCCCGUGCCUCAACUAAGCUGUCAUUCACGUCGCUGUGUUAUUGACUUGUUGAACAUGUUUCCCAUGCAUCUCAUCCUCGCUGUUUCAUGCUGGGUUUUAUGUUUCAACUCAGCAAGACUUUGCGAUACUCCUGAUAUUCUAAUUGCCAAUUCUUCCGGAGACAUCAUCAUCGGUGGUCUCUUCCCAAUACAUCGAGUUGGGCCAGAUACAAACCGUACUCAGCCAGGACCAAUAACUUGCUCAGACUUCAAUCCUAAUUCAUUUAUUACAGCCAACGCUAUGAUAUAUUCCAUUGAUCAGAUAAACAAUUCUACUUUGCUACCAGGCAUCAAGCUGGGAUAUGAAAUUUAUGACACUUGUUCGGAUGUCAUUGCUGCCGUUGAAGCAACCACACGGUUUCUUUCCACCUCUGAGAAUUGUGUGGAAGUACGUUGCAAUUACACAGACUAUAGACCUAAUAUAAAAGUCGUCGUAGGAUCUACCUUCUCAGAAGUAUCAAUUGCAGUUGCAAGGAUAUUGAACCGGUACCUCAUGCCACAGGUUGCUUAUGCAGCAUCUGCUAAGCUACUCAGUAACAAAAACAGAUUUGCAUCAUUUUUACGGACUGUUCCAAGUGACAUCCAUCAGACUCAAGCCUUGGCUGAACUUGUCAAAAAAUUUAACUGGAACUGGAUUGCAGUAAUUGCUACUAACGAUGACUAUGGACGGAGUGCAAUGAACGACUUUAUCGUAAAAUCUCAGAAUCUCAAUAUAUGCUUUGAAUUUUCUGAACUAAUUCCAAUUUAUGAAGGAGAGGCACAAAAUGCAAGAAUUGAAGAAAUAGCUAAGAAAAUUAAGAACUCAACCUCAAAUGUUAUAGUAGUAUUUGUAAGAGGACAAUUUGUCAAACUCCUUUUCAAAAAAAUAAAGAUGUUAAAGGUGAAGAAAACCUGGAUUGCUAGUGAUGCCUGGUCCAAUUCUAGAAACGUUGCUGACUUGGAUGAUACUGCGGAUGUUGGAAAGAUCAUGGGCAUUGUAUUCAAAAAUGGCGAUAUUCGAAACUUUCCUGAUUACAUGCAAACAUUGAAUCGGUCUUCCACAAAUAUCAAGUUCAUUAAUAAUUAUUACAAGACAAAUUGUGUAGCUUCGGAAGAUAACUUAACGGACUGUAUUAGAAUCAGCUAUGCUUAUAGAGUGAAUUUGGCCAUUAGAGCCAUAGCUCAUGCUCUUCAGAAGAAACUCAGUUGUGAUUCAGAAAAUUGCAGUCGUGAUUUUAACUUUGCUCCUUGGCAGUUGUUGAAUUUCUUAAAGAAUGUUAGUUUUACACAUGAAAAUGGCAAGUUUGAAUUUGACGAUUCAGGAGAUUUCACAGAUGGAUACGAUUUCAUCAGCUGGCAGUUGGUGAAUGGCUCAGUGCAGUUUCAACCUAUUGGUGGCUAUGAUUUGAAAACCAAAAAAGUAAUUAUUAAUGAUAGCUACUUCAACACUGUAAAGAUCAAAUCUAGUUGCUCAGGAACCUGUCAACCUGGAGAAAGGAAGAAUGUCUCUUCUACAAACUCCUGUUGCUAUGGAUGUAUACCUUGCCCAGCAGGAAGAUAUUCUGAAAGAAAUGAUUCCAAUGACUGUGACGUGUGCCCUGGGGACUGGUGGUCAGAGAAGGGAAGUUCAACAUGCAAGCCCAGAACUUUUGAGUUCCUCAGAUGGAAUGACGUUGUUUCUAUUGUGCUGAUAACAUUUACAUGUCUGGGAAUACUUGUAAUAUGUGUAAUCGUUGUAUUGUUCAGGAAGAACUGGGGCACACCAGCUGUGAACGCUGCUGGUGGUUGGUUGAGUUAUUUAAUGUUAUUCUCCAUAUUGCUCAGCUUGGUCAGCAUUUUUUUCUUUAUUGGAAAACCAGAUAAUUUCAAGUGCCAGAUCCGACAGCCCUUUUUUGGCAUUAGUUUCACUUGUUGCAUCUCCUGUAUUUUAGUGAAAUCUUUUAGGAUCAUUCUGGCUUUUACUUUUAAUCCAAUUCUUCGUAAAAAGUUGAAAUAUAUCUACAAGCCAGUGCCUAUUAUAACAAUUAUCACAGGAAUUCAAGUGAUCAUUUGUACAACUUGGUUACUCACAAUGCACCCCUAUGUCGAUAAAAAUGCAAGCAACUCUGGAAUUAUUUUCCUAUCUUGUCAAGAAGGUUCCAUUGUGGGGUUUGGAUUUAUGUUAAGUUAUAUAUAUCUUCUUGCAUUUAUUUGCUUUAUCUUUGCUUUCAAAGGGAGGAAGGCUCCUGAUAAUUACAAAGAGGCUAAAUUUAUAACAUUCAGCGUGCUCAUUUACUUAAUAGUUUGGAUUUUGUUUAUUCUAGUGUAUAUCAAUGAGGAAGAGGGCCACAAAAAUCUCCCAGCAAUUGAAGUAGUUGCAAUUUUAGCAUCAAUCUUUGGCAUCUUAUGUUGCCAAUUCGGUCCAACCAGUUACAUUGUUUGCUUCAAGAAUGAAAGCAAUGUUGAGUCAAAUUAUUUGGUGCAAGUGCGAGAGUAUUUGAAAAGGAAAGGUCAGUUUGUAGUUCCAAAUCCUAAAAUAAGCUCUGAGACUUCUGUAACAGAAUUACCAUCUUCUUCUGUGCCAUGCACAUCUGAAUCUGUAGUUUAUCAGAACCCCAGCAACAAAGAACAGAUCAAUGUGCUGAUAAAUGAACAGACUCGCACAUUUGCAUCAAGCUCCCUCAGAAAAAGACGUGGAAGUUGGUAAAUCCUCUUCACAAUGAAGAAUGAAGUGCAGAGAAUCCAAUCACCAUUUUUUGACAUUUGA